ACCGGCAUCGCUUCUCGGCCUUUUGGCUAAGAUCAAGUGUAGUAUCUGUUCUUAUCAGUUUAAUAUCUGAUACGUCCCCUACCCGGGGACCAUAUAUUAAAUUGAUUUUUGGAACAGGGAGAUGGAAUAGGGGCUUGCUCCGUCCACUCCGCGCAUCGACCUGGUAUUGCAGUACCUCCAGGAACGGUGCACCCCCCUCUUAACUGUUGAAUUUUAAAUUAACGGUCGCCUCUUUUAUAACGUAUUAUGUGUAUACCAUGGCACCGUUAACGUUAGCCUAGCUUGUUUUUAAGUUACAAUUGCGUCGGUGUUAAUCGUUCAGGAGUUUUCUACCGGGAGCCGAAUUAUCCACAGAGGUCUUCCUCCUCACUAUAAGAAACGGACCAGCUGAUUAAAACCGUAAGCAGCCUCUCAGCCAUGUCCUCCCCAGAGAUCGCCUCUCUCUCCUGGGGCCACAUGAAGGUGAAGGGAUGCUCCUCCAGCUACAAGGACUGUAAGGUCUGGCCUGGAGGGAGCCGGACCUGGGACUGGAGGGAGACCGGGACUGACGUGAGUGGAUCCAGAAUCAGAAGUCAAACGCACACCUACCGUAGCACCUUGUUGUUUACAUGUUCCAUGUCCCACCCCCAGCAUUACCCAGGAGUCCAACCUGCCGAUCUGGAGGAGGUGCUGAAGAAGGGGAUAGACCUGCUGGUCAUCGGCAGAGGCAUGAGUGAAGCUCUGCAGGUUCCCUCCUCCACCGUGGACUUUGUGAAGCAGAAAGGCGUCGACGUCAGAGUCUUGCAGACGGAGAAAGCCGUCGCUGAAUACAACAAACUGGCUUCGCAGGGCGCCAAGGUGGGAGGAGUCUUCCACUCCACCUGUUAACGACGCCUCUGGAGUUUCUGACCUACAGAAGAUCGGGUGGGCAGCCUGCAGAGCACCACACUCUGUUCUGCUAAAUGUAUAGCUGGAUAACUCUUGAUUUAGGGUGAGACUGAACACUCACUGCAGCCCAGGUCGUGUUAGCUGCACUGUAGAGGAGCACAGGCAAGUUUAUAAAUCAUUUCUAUAAUUUCACAGUUUACUUUAAGAUCAAAUUCAAGAUGGAAAAACAUACAUUUGACCUUAGAGAGCGAUUCUUUGUAAAGACAGAUCAUUUCACUGUGAUGUUGGUGAAACUAAAUGAAUGCACAGUUCAUUUUUCAUGAGGAGAAAAUGUAUUUCUGCUUGUUUUGCUACAGAAAAUAAAACUAGAGAGAAAGAAUAA